CUCGUUUGAUACUCAGAGGUCCCCCGCAAUAUCUUUGAUCGCAGUUAAUAGAGGUGCAAGCCACCGAUCCCGAUUGCGGCGUAAACGCAAUGGUCAAUUAUACCCUGGCCGGCGGUCGAUUAGAGAAUGAACAGCUUUUGGUGCGCAGUGAUACAGGAGAUAUUUGCAUCCGGUCCUCGUUGGAUAGAGAAACGGCGCCUUAUCUGGAACUGCCUGUCAUUGCCACCGAUAGAGGAGGACUAAGUACGAUAGCGAUCAUACGCGUCCAGGUGACAGACGUGAACGAUAAUCGGCCAAUUUUCGAGCCUCGCCAGUACAACGUGACCGUACGCAACAACGGUGGGGUGCAUGGUCCGAUUCUGAGACUGGUGGCGACCGAUCUCGAUGCCGGCCUCUUCGGCCAGGUUGCCUAUCGCAUCAUCAGCGGCAACGAAGCUGGGGUCUUUCAUAUCGAUCGUAACACUGGCGAACUGCACGUGGCGAGACCGAGUCUACUUUCGCGGUCGCCGUUACAUCAGCUCAACAUAACCGCGACAGACGCGGCCGGUCUGAAGAGCAUCGCCGACGCCGAAGUCAAGGUCACCGUCUCCUCCGCGGCACACAGAAUCGCCUCCUGCGAGAAACCGCGCUACACCGUCACGGUUAAGGAAAGUAUCCCACAGAACACCGUCCUCGGCGGCGUGAAGGAUACCGCGACAGCGUCAUCCUCGUCAUCAGGCGAACGACCAAGCAGGUUUUAUCUGGUAAGAGAGGAAACUGAUCUCACGCUGGAUUCCAACACGGGGAUGCUGAGGAUUCGACAGCCACUCGAUCGGGAAUCACGUGACAAAUACAUUCUCAGUAUCGAGGCACGUAACUUCGGCUCCGUUGGAUACUGCCAGUUGGAACUAAUCGUGGAGGACGUGAACGACAACGCGCCGUCAUUUCGCACGAGUACCGUCCGUAUCUCAGUGCCGGAAUCGCAUCCUCUCCACGUGCCCCUGUACGUAGCGCACGCUACCGACCCGGACAUCACGCCGUUGCUGCCGAUACGCUACGUUCUCGGCCAAAAUAGCAACGAUCUGUUUGGGAUAGACGCGCGCACCGGCGAGCUCUAUUUGGUCAGGCGAUUGGAUUACGAGACCCAGCAGAGGCACGGUCUUCUGAUAAGUGCCCUGGACGGCGCCGGGCUCUCCUCUAACCUUACCCUGAGCGUCGAGGUGCAGGAUGUGAAUGACAACCCCCCAGUGUUCGAGAGGAACGAGUAUCACGUGGAAGUUCCCGAAGGCGCCAGGCUCGAUUCUCAGAUUCUUCAAGUCACAGCGGUAGAUCUGGACACGGGAAAUAACGCGAGGCUGAGUUAUCGUCUUCAGGGCUCGACCGCCUUUCGCAUCAGCCCCAAUACCGGUUGGAUCUAUCUGACGCAGAAUUUGGAUCGCGAGACUCUCGAUCGGCACGCCUUGACGGUUCUCGCGACCGACAACGGAUCACCCGCGGCGACCGCGAGUGCCUCCGUGCUGGUGACGGUUCUGGACGACAACGACAACGAUCCGCGAUUCGAGAAGGAUUUCUACGGAUUCGAGCUGCUCGAGAAUCUACCCUCGGGCACUCUGGUGGCCUCCGUGAGCGCUACCGAUCCCGAUCUUGGCAAGAACUCACUUCUCAGAUACGCGGUGGUCCAGGCCAACAGCAGUUUCGCCGUCGAUCCCGACACAGGCGAGAUCACCACGCGCGAGCCGCUCGAUCGUGAAACGAAAGGCGUCCACGAGUUGGUUCUGGAGGCGCGGGAUCAGGGAACGCCGUCGAGAGCCGCCAGGGUGCCUCUGAAGAUUACGGUCCUGGACGUCAACGACAACACUCCCGAGAUCGUCGAUCCUCAGGGGGAUGUGGUCAGCGUCAGGGAGGAGCAACCAUCGGGAACGGAAGUCGCCAGGGUGCGAGCGCUAGACAUGGAUCUCGGUGAAAACGCCUCGGUGACGUACAGCAUCUCGAAAGACCGAGACUCGGACGGCUACAACGUCUUCAGCAUCGACCCGAUCACUGGCAUGAUCAGGACCAAGGCCGUGCUCGAUCACGAGGAGCACAACGUGUACCGGGUGUCCGUAAAAGCGGCCGACGCCGGUCAUCCGCCGCGACACAGCGAGCGCGUGUUGCGAGUCGAAGUUCUGGCACUCGCGGACAACCGGCCGACCUUCACCAGCAGCAGUCUUACCUUUAACGUACGCGAAGAUGCAAGUAUCGGGCAUGCGGUGGGAUCGGUAUCAGGGGCGGGUCCUGCGGGUCGCGUGGCCUACACAUUGGACUCGUUGACGCCGAUCACCGAGUUUCCAGCUUUCGAUGUCGAUCGCAGCUCGGGUCAGCUGGUAGUCGCUCACUCGCUCGAUCGCGAGAACGUAAGCGAGUAUCAUCUGGAGAUUCGUGCGUUGGACACGACCUCGCUCGGAAAUCCUCAGAGUAUCGCCGUCUCCGUGAAGAUCGUCAUAGAAGACGCCAAUGAUAAUUCACCAAGUUGGCCGCAGGAUCCGAUAACUGUUCGUGUGUCCGAAAAAGCGACGAUUGGCUCGACUAUUUACAAUCUCACAGCUAACGAUUUGGAUAGCGGCCUAAAUGGCGAACUUAGAUACAGCCUUGUAGCUGAGUUCCCGCCGAAGAAUUGCUUCGCCGUGGAUUCCUUGACUGGCGCUUUAACACUGGCCAAACAAUUAGACAGAGAGGAGAGAACGGAAUAUACUUUGAUUCUCAAAGCAUCGGACCGGGCACCACCGGGGGAGCAAUUAGCCUCCACAGUCACAGCAAGAAUCAUCGUCCUUGAUCAAAACGACAACGAUCCUGUCUUCGUUGCGCCGGAAAAUACCAAGAUAAACGUCGCAUUGAAUCUUCUGCCUGGUGCUAGCUUGAUAAGAGUCGUCGCCGUGGAUAAAGAUUUUGGCGAUAACGGUCGGAUAUCUUACGUGAUAACCUCGGGCAACGAGGAGUCGCGGUUCACCGUGGGCUAUGAAUCUGGCAUCGUGAGUCUCGCGAAGCCCAUUGCAAAGCCCACGGAACUCGAGAUCACAGCCAACGAUCACGGAUCGCCACCUCGCAAAGCCGUACUGAAAUUGAGUCUGAAUCCGAUGACCGCGCAGACGAAUGGGCCUCAUCGACUACUGUUGUGUAAUCCAAUCGCUAGGAUUUCCGAAGGCCUUAACGUUGGGUCGCACGUGGCGAACGUUGCAGGGCCAGCAAUUACGGAUCAAGGUAACGUCACCUUCAGCAUCCCGAGCGACGUAGCUUCGAACAAGUUCGCCAUAGCGCCUAAUGGUCAAGUCACUCUUCGGGGUCCUCUGGAUCGCGAGGAAGUCGCACGUUAUUCAGUUUCCAUUUUAGCGAGGUCCAAUAAACUUCUGGACAUCACGACUCUGGAGGUGAUCGUAAUGGACGAGAACGACAACAGUCCGGAAUUUCGACCGGGUUCCUGCUACACCCUUGCUGUGCCCGAAAAUCAGGAAACUUCCGCGAUUCACACCAUAGCCGCGACUGAUCUUGACGAAGGAAAGACGUCUCAUGUCCCGUUUUUGGAUUUUGCUUGGGGACAUCUCUCUUCAUUUUUGAAAGAAUUGUUAUCAGAUAAGACAGUCCUUGCAACUGUCGUUUCUACUAGCGAGAUCGUCGUCGUCUCAGAUACAAAGACUCAUACUGCGUAUUCCGAGUUGUACUCGACAGACACGACGGAUACCGGGGUGGAAGAUAACUGUGGAGUAUUCGACCCACUGGACCGUGAACGCCAAAGCAACUAUACCUUCCUCGUGGUUGCCACAGAUAGCGGCAAAUACGACGCAAAAAGCACAUCGAUACCUGUCGAGAUUAAUAUCAGCGAUGUGAAUGAUAACGCGCCAAUUUUCGAAGAGUAUCCCUUUCGGACACGCGUGCCCGUUGGCACGCAACCGGGUCAAAAUAUCCUCCGGAUAUCGGCCAAAGACGCUGACGACGGUGCUAAUGGUGAUAUCGUGUAUUCGUUGAUAAACGAGCAAGAGAAACCGAAGUUUCGGAUACAUCCCAGCACCGGUGAAGUAACGGCGAGUCUGUCGUUGUCGCAGGACAAUGGUAGGACGUAUCACCUGAAAGUAUUGGCUCAGGACAAGGGUAAUCCACCGAAGAGCGCCAAAGGUUUGAUCGAACUUCAGGUCGGCGAUCUCGCGGAUAUGACACCCGGCCUGAAGUUUCAGAAUGACACGUAUAAUGUCGUAGUCCAGGAAAAUUCAGCGGCUGGCACGGAGAUCGUUAAGAUCACCGCAGUGCGUACCGAUGGCAGGAGACAACGUGUCACCUACUCAAUCGCAUCGGGAAACGACUAUGACACUUUUGCGAUCGACGUAGAUUCUGGUCUAUUGCGCGUUAACGACCCUACCAGGCUGGACGCAGAACUGUGGAACGAUUUAACAGUAAAACCUGACAAUGAGCUGCCGAAUGAUACAGCGCGUACUAACUCGUGGGGUAGAUCCCUGGAGAAUCAGCAAUCUAAAGAGGAGCCUAGAGAAAGCUCGAGACACAUUCUCAAUGUAGUGGCGAGGACGACGGGACAGGAAGUCUUGGAGGCGUAUGUCAAAGUAAUCAUCAGGAUAUCUGAUAUCAAUGAUAAUCCGCCCAUUUUCACGCAAAUGCAGUACUCGGCUAUCGUACUCGAAGGCAAUACCAAGGGAGAUUUCGUUGUGAAGCUUUCAGCAAGUGAUGCUGAUCAAGGAUUAAACAGUAGAAUCUUAUAUCAUAUCGUGGAUGGUAAUCCAGAUAAUGCCUUCACCAUAAGUCCACCAUACAGUGGAAUAGUACGAACCAACAUAGUCCUAGAUCGUGAGAUUCGCGAGAAGUACAGGCUGACCAUCAUCGCGACUGAUCAAGGAAACCCGCAGUUAACCGGCACGGCUGCAUUGAGCGUGCGGGUAAUCGAUGUCAACGACAAUCAGCCUACCUUCCCGGAACAUAGCAUCAUUUCAGUCUCUGAAGGUACCGCCAUGGGAACGGUUCUGACGACCAUCACGGCGAACGACGUCGACAGUUCGCCGGCGUUGACGUAUCGAUUCGGCAACUUGACUAGCCCGGGGCCCUUCAGCAUCGAUCGAUACGGCGGCAAGGUUGUUCUGCGGAAGCGUCUGGACGCCGAGACGCGUUCUGAGUACACUCUUCAGGUGAUCGCCAGUGACGGGAUUCACGAGGCAACGACCGAUCUCACCGUACGUGUGACCGAUAUCAACGACAACGCGCCGCGAUUCGAGCAGGCUGCCUAUGUGGCUGUCCUUUCGGAAGAGCAAGGCAACCUGCAGGAAAUUCUGACGGUAAAUGCCACGGAUGACGAUCUUUCGGAGGAGAACAGCCGGGUGCGAUAUUAUCUGCUGCGUCCUGUAAAGGGAUUUUCGGUGGAUCCCGUGACCGGCGUUCUUACUGUUAAUCGCACAGCGAUUCCCAGGCCAAUGCCGAAGGAGAUGGACCUGGCGAUCGUCGCGGAGGAUCACGGCAAACCCCCAGCGUCGUCGGUGUGCUCGAUUAUUGUGCGACUUAACAGUUUCAAGAAUACCCUACCUGGGAGAGAGUACAAGAUCAUGGUGAAAGAAAAUUCGCCGAAGGGUACGACGUUGAUGAGGCUUUCCGACGUGGAUUUGUUGGAUGGCGCCAUCGUUGCGGGCGACGAUAGCGGAACAUUCGAGAUAUCCAGGGAUCGGUUAAUUCUUUCGAGGACACUCGACCGUGAGACGAGAGAUAGGUAUAUGUUGCAAUUGGGUAGCAAAAGCGAAAACAGAACAGACUCGCUGAUUGGAAACGAGCCGAUAAUAGUGACUAUCGUUGUGGAGGAUGUUAACGACAAUUAUCCACAUUUUCUGGAAGAGCUCUAUCAAGUUUCCAUCAAGGAAAAUGCUUCGCAUGGAACGACUAUUGCUGUUCUACGCGCCAAGGAUGAUGACCUCGUGAACAGUACGGCAGCCACAUUGGUGUACGAUAUUACUUCAGGGAAUGAUGGUGGUCUCUUCCGUAUCGAGAAGACGACAGGUGCCGUUUUAGUGAACUCUACACUCGAUUGCGAUCUCGAGCCCGAAGUUUACAAUCUUGUGGUGAUGGUCUGCGACAGCGACCCGGCAUUGCCUCUCUGCGCACUCGCCAGACUUCGCGUUAAUCUGGAAGAUGUGAAUGAUAAUUCGCCAAAGUUCCCGGUUUCGGAGUAUCUCGAGUUCAUCGGCGAGAACGAACCGAUCGGCACAACUGUCUUCUCCGCACGUGCCACGGAUUUGGAUCGCGGUGUCUUUGGAUCAUUGAAUUAUUCCAUUGUUUCUGCUGCCGCGAGCGGAUUCUCUGACAUCGACGACAGCUGGAAGCUGUUUGCGGUUGACGAAAAAUCGGGUAUUGUCAUCACUCGCGCCGUAUUCGAUUACGAACAACGAAAUCGAUAUGCUUUCACGUUGCGUGCCACGGACAUGGGCGGUCGUACCGCCGCGGUUCGUGUCAGAGUGGAAAUCGAUUCGAGGGACGAAUUCUUUCCCCAAUUCACUGAGAGGAUGUAUCGAUUUGGAAUAAAAAAGGGUGCUCAAAUAUUACCUGGCACGAUAAUUGGUCACGUGACAGCGACCGAUCGCGACAAAGGACCCGAUGGCCGGGUUGUGUAUCAACUAACAUCUCAGCAUCCUUAUUUCAAAUUGAAUCGUACGACUGGCGCGUUGAUUGUGAAGCAAAAAUUGAUGCACAUUGAUAUGGACGAAUCAUCCAGAUUAGUGGUCAGCGCGAGCUCUGGUAGACAGGGCUCUUUAUCGAAUAUGACAGUAGUAGAGAUUACGUUGAUGGAUGAUAACGAACCUAAUGGAGCCAGAGGCGCUACCGCUCUGGCAACGCCGACAGAUAUCGGUUCAAACAUGGCCGUGGCUACUUCAGGGGGCCUGGCUGAUUGGGUCCUGGGUCUGUUGAUCGCUCUCCUUCUUCUUAUUCUCGCGUUCGGUGCCAUUUUUCUCUACCUUCACAUUCGUAAUCGCCGUCACAAAAAACCUGGCGCUAAACCGGGUUUGAACGGUGAGAGCAAUGCUACCGCGUCAAAUAGUUACGUAGACCCAAGCGCAUUUGACACGAUUCCAAUCAGAAGUAUGACUGGAGUCGGGACAAGCGGAAACGGUAGUUCCGGAAAUACCGGAGGAGCGGGCGGUGGCGCAUCUUGUCAAUUUGCCCCACCGAAGUAUGAUGAAAUACCUCCUUAUGGAACAUCCAGUCAAUCCGGACAACAGCAAGCCACUUCCGAACUUUCCGGAAGCGAUCAGUCAGGUUCUUCCGGUAGGGGAUCCGCCGAGGAUGAUGGAGAUGACGAAGAGAUCAGAAUGAUCAAUGAGGGUCAGCAAACUGGCGAUUCAGCGAGCGAUCUUUCGGUUCAUAAUACUCAGGAAUAUUUAGCUAGAUUGGGUAUCGUAGAUCCUCCAGCCGGCACACCUAGAAGACCUCCUGAAGCUCUGCCUCUGGACAGUCUGCAUCUGUUUGAAGACGAGGCAAGCACUGAGGCGGAUAUAGCAACAUUGAUCUAUGGUAAAAUUGGAGAAUCCGGACGACCCACUUCCGGUUUGGAAGUACCGGGUGGACCGUCGAUGAAUGGUUCCUUGAGUUCUAUCGUGCACAGCGAGGAGGAGCUCACUGGCUCCUAUAAUUGGGACUACCUAUUAGAUUGGGGACCUCAGUAUCAACCACUCGCCCACGUAUUCAGCGAGAUUGCUAGGCUAAAAGACGAUGCCGCCAGCGUUCAAAGCGGAAACUCCGGUAGCAGUGGUAAGACCAAGUCUGUACAUAAAGCACCGCCGCCACCGCUACUUACAUCCGUAGCUCCGAGAUCAUUGGCGGCGCCAGCGCUAGCGAGAGGCAUUUUACCGAGGUCGCCGAUCAAUCACGAUGCCUCUACCUUCCCCUCCGCUGCGUUGAGUCCGAGUUUUUCUCCCUCGUUAUCACCUCUGGCUACAAGAAGUCCCAGCAUCAGUCCCCUCGUACCACCUGCUACUCAGAGAUCCAGUCAAAGUGCCAACAGAGGAAUUCCCGUCGCCGACACCGAGUUGAGGAUCUGAAGACACUUCAAUUUUAAUUCGACGUAUUCCGCGUACAAGUUUUAAUGUUAACUUCAGUGAUGACUCGCCGAGCAAACGAUAUCGAUAAGACAAUGCGGUACCUCGUGAUAAAGCAAUGCGAAUUAUAUUUCUGUUAAUAUGCGUUGUUAAAUACGACUAAUUAAUGAAUUUAUGUAUAUUUCUCUCUGAGACUGUGUGCGAACAACGUGAUUCGCGGAUAUGGUGUUAACAAGUGAUUUUAACUUAGGAAUUUCAAUUUCGUCGGCUAUCGGAAGAAAUGGCCGAAUUCUGUCACGCGCAAACGCUACUUUCCCGCGAUUAAUUGUUACUUAUUAACUAAUUAACGAAAUGUUAAUGGAAUAUAAAAUUUAUAAAUAGAUUUAAUUCAUUGCGAGAAAUGGUAAGAGCAAUUCAUGAGUGACACAGGAUGUGAGAAAGCGACGAUUGCGCCUUGACAAUUCCGUAUCUGUUAUAUAACACGAACACGUCUCUUGUUCCGAUCGAUAGCUAACUGAAAGAAUAUUUCUUUCUGAACAAAAGUAUUGUAAAUAUCCGUCAGCUGCGACGACGUUUAGUCAUUAAGUAGCAUUGUAAAUAAUAAUCUAUGAGAAUAACGAAUGUUGUCAUAAUCAAAAAAUAGACUGCGUAAAUCGGAAGUUAAUAGAAACAGAUGGUCGCGCCGUGCUUAUCGAGUUCUUUGCGUGAAUAUGUAUAGUAAUCUAAUUUUAUAAUCGAUCGAUUCUACGACGAGCACGGUGAUAUCAUCCGAAUUGAAAACGAAAACGUGCUACCACGAGCGAACUGAUUACACACCGGAUUUCAUGGCAGCGCAUUUCUAAAGGCAUCUAUAUAUAACUUCGUUGAUUAAUUGUUACUUUGUCUCUAUCUCCCGAGCGCGAUCUCGAUGUAACGGGAGAAAUGGAAUCUCAGCCCGGCACAUAUAUACAUAUGCACUGAAUAUAUAUAUAUAUAUAUAUAUA